AUGUUGACGCGCGCGGUGAAUAGGAGUAGGGGCAUUAUCGCACGCCGCAUGCAUACCGUGAAUCGCGUCGCGGCGCCAAUACUUCACGACUCCAUCAAUGCUACAGGCAACACAACCGCGCAGCAAAUCCAUAAUACCGAUCCGCCUCUCGCCCCCGUGCAAGGCGUGCACGCGCUCAACCCCACAUGGAGCAUCCCAUACGUGCAGCCUGUGGUGAUUGGGUCGCGGAUGCCCGCGUUCCACCCACAGCAACUGGUGAACGGGCUCCACCUAGCACCGCAGCCACAUAUUCCGUUUGCGGCUGGGACGGUCGCGUUUCAAAAUCAGCAGGAUGAUCUGACCGCGCAUGGAGUAUCCACGCCUCAUCCCGGACCACAAGUUGAUGGACAACACACCGCGUCCCCGUCCGUGCCCACAAGCCAGCUCUAUGGGAUGCCUGUGCGUGGCUUCGUAGGGCCGCAGUACGCGAAUGUGGGAUUCAGGUACGGGUACAUCGGCGUUCAACCAUCGCCCACGGUGCACGCACCCGCGUUUGUCGCGACUCCUCCAGUCGCCCCGUCAACCCCAUUCCCCAGCGCGAUCUAUCCGGAAAGCCAGCCAACGGGGCAAGCCCCGCCAGACCCUAGAGAACCAUUAGUGGUCGGUGUGGACACACAGCCGCGAACAGACGGCCCAUUAUCGAACGCGAAUACCAGCGGAUUAGUGCGUGAGGUGAAUGGUGGAGCGGGGAUGAAUGCAAGCGCGCGUGCACAUUCACCGCCAAUAUGGAACGUGAACUCACUGUUGCCGGGAAACCCGGACGUCCACAUCCGCACCCCCGCGCAACCGACCGCAGCGGACGCGACCGGUGUAGGCAACGGCGGCAGAGGUAACGGUGUUAACGCGACCGGAGGUACCGGGAACGUGCCAGUCAGUAGACCGCGUAUAAGGAGGCGGCGAGUCGAAGUCGUGCCGCACACGGCACGCAACGGAUCGAGGGAGGGGAGCGAGGGGCAAAGCGAUGAGGAUGACGAGGACGACGCUGACGAUGCGGACGACAGUUGGAAUGACGAUGACGAAAACUACCUUUCGAACUCGCUGUCCGCGCUCAACGAGGAGGAGGCGGAAGACAACGAACGGGUGCGGGGUACGCGAACGGACUUGGAGGUCCCCAUCGCGGAUUGGAACAGGCUUGGUGUGGACGACACCCCGGCCGCAAAAAGAGAGAUGUGCAUGGGCAUCCUCUACGGUGUCUCUGAGGCCACGCUGAAGAAGUAUCGCGGUUGGGCCAGAGAGUACAAGCUCUUCAUGGUGCACGAGCUGCCGAAACUGGACGCGAGUAGGUUCGGUGAGGAGGCCUCGUUGAGAAACGCGAACCCCGACGAGAUCGGGGCCGCGCUCGAGCAGAACAUGGGUGGUGACUGGAAGAUGGCGGAGGGCGACGAGCAGUGGUUCCACGGCCCUGAGACGAAUCCGUGGCGCUUACGCAAAUACGUGACCUUCCUUGCGAACGAGACGGUCGCGCAGGCGGACAGGAUGGCCACACUCAAGCGGCCCGACAAGACCUUGAAGAAGAGACGCCAGUGCUCCCCUGCAAUGCUGAUGGGGCGUCUCAAGGCUUUGAACCUCCUCAUCAAGCUGGACGGGGCCAUCUUCAGGAAGCCCGUUCUGAACCUGCUGCGCGACUUUGCGGAGUGUCGCAUCUGGGUCCGCGUUCAAGUACGCGACCAGUACAAGCGGUUUAUCGCGUAA